AAUUGAUACGCACAUUCCUUUUUUAUAUUUGAAACAAACAACCUUUGAUAAUUUUUCUUAGCAUUUUAGCCUUCUGCCUUAUUUUGUUAUAUUCUUUUACUUUUCUUUUUUACAGUACGCUUCAAAGGAAGGCCUGCCUUUGGUGACAAACACAGAAAGAUCACAUCUGCUGCUUUCCACGCGGGCAGCCCACUUCAACUCGCAGCGAGGCUUUUUUUUAUAAACACACGCACUCUUUUUUUGCUCUUGCCAGUAAAGUUAAUAUUCAAUAUUCUUUGUUUUUAUUUAACACCCCCCUUUUCAGACAAAAUAUUCAAAUUCCACAAAUGGACGACGGGCCAGCCAUAAAUUCGGGCAAUUCAGACACCUCCAACCGUCCCACACGUUCAAAUGGCAGUCCUGCUGCCGUUGAAAAGGUUGAAAGCAUAUCGGAAUUGGCCUUGACUAGUCAUGUUUGUGGCAAUACUGCGCCGGACACAGCGCCACAAUGCGAACAGGAAAACAAUGCAUCACACGCGACAAAAGAGAAUGUUGGGCCUGUAACUGCAACUGCAGAUAUCGGUGUUACUGCCAGCCCUGACUCUGCUUCCCUUUUUGCCUCUUCUAUGCUAGCUACUAAUGGCUUGGAACCCCCAAAUGACACAGUCGCUAUCGAUAUAGAUCCUGGUUUGCAGCAGCCAUCUGCGUCGGUUGGCUCCGGGAACGCAGAGGCAGCCCAGCAGCCCAAUAGAUACCAUGUGCAGAGAAGCUGGUCGGCAAACGUGCGCAAUGGCUUCUUUAGAAUGUCGCUCUUUAAUAAGAUAAAGCUGUCGACGUAUGUGCUGGCAGCAUGGUCACAGAUCGUCGCAGGCAUUGUGGUUCUAGUUCUCAGUGCGAAUGCGCAUGAAGAAGGCAAACAGCUCCUGUGCAUAUUCGUUAUACUACACAUUGUCAGGCUAUCCCUGUACUAUCCGCUAUAUAUAAGCAACAAGGUCCAUUGUUACGGCGCGACAUGGCCCAGCAUUCGGGCAUCCUCUCUCAUAAAAACAGUGCAAAAAAUUCUCGAACUGUUUGCCUUAGCCUUGUUUUUUUACGGCAACUAUGCAGUCUUUGCCGACGAUACCAGCAAGCUGACCGCACCGCUUCUUUGGAAACUAUCCCUUGCAUAUAUAAUCCUCGGGUACAUCUACCUGUGCUUGCCAGCCGCAGCCAUUGCAACACUUUUGUUUGUCACAAUCUUCUUGUUUGUAUUUGACUCCUCGUUCAGGGAAAAGCUCACCCAGAAAAAGGGAGCAGACUCUUCUCAAAUUUCGCAGAUUCCACUGGUGAAAUACGUCGACCCCCAGCUCCAUCUGCCCGUGGCGUCCGAGUCUACACAUCCCUCAGCUGACGGGGCGGCACCGGCGUCUGCAGCGGGGAACGACAAGGGCACGUCUGCGCCUCCGGCUUGCCUUGUGGCUGCCCAGACCUCUACAUCCCUGCGCUCAAACGCGAGCCGUCGCCACGGCAUCUCCCGCAUCCACGUACUCAAUCCGUUUGCGCGCCUUGCGCACUGGCUAACCCGCAGCAAGGGGCAACGUGCCUCCGAGGCAGAGCAGUACAAUGUGCAGCUCACCCAGUCGAUCAGCAAAUUUACUCCCCUCGACCCCGAAGACAGCAUGUGCGCGAUCUGCCUGUGCAACUACGAGGAUGGAGAAAUACUCCGCCUACUGCCGUGCAACCACCACAUGCACCAGGCCUGCGUGGAUGAGUGGCUGCACAUCAACAAGACGUGCCCGCUGUGCAAACAGGAGGCAAUUAAGGUCAUUGACUCCCAAAGGCCUGCUACCGAGACUACUCUGGCCCCGGCUUCGGCUCCAGCUCCCGCUUCAAGCGACACCCAGACCACAGCUGUUCCUGUGGCGUAAUGUCAGCAAAUGCAGCCCAUUUUAUCACGUG